AUGGUACCCAUUAUCACCUACCUACCCCUCGCAGGUCUCUUCAUCUUGACCAGUGCUGGCCAGAUCAAUAAAUUUGAAUCUACUUUGACCAAGAAAAAUGUCCUACUUCCAGGUUACGAUGGAGGGAUUGCACCUUGGAUGCCAGCGCCAACGCACCCUCCUGAUCCACAGUUCGCGGCGAUAGCCAUCAAGAGGGACGUUGCAACCUGCGGGUUUUGGCUAGGAAUCCUGGCCAGUCCUGUGUCACCAGUGGUAGAUUCUUCGAUUGUGGCUACAAAGAUUCGAGGCUUUCCUCAACUUGUUAUUCAGCUUCCCACUCCCUAUGUACCGGAAGUCGGGAGCCAGGCCCGGGGACAGUUUGCUGGCAGUAACUUCAACAGUAGAAAUAGCUUGUGUGUGACUGCCCUCAAAACAGUGACAAGCGACUUUGUCCGAACUCUCACUGCUUGGUAUUGUGGUAAUUCUCUUUGGAGGGGAGCUUGGUCUAUGGGCGAUACGAGCGCUACAACAUCAUCACCCACUACCAGUAUCAGCCAACCAUCAUCAAGCCCUCCCAUCACCAUCUCUUCUGUAGAAACCCCAACAGCUACCCCCACGCCAACACCAGAACCCCCGCCAGGCCUACCCAUUGGUCCAAUUGUCGGCGGUGUUAUCGGUGGACUUGUCGUCAUCGGACUGAGUAUCUUCGCCAUUGUUUGGAUGCACGGGCGGAACAAGAGAAACAGAGACAACUCGGGUCAUGUCGGAACACCCGGUCAGAAUCUGCCGCAUACACCAGAAGCGAUUCAAACGCCAGUCAGUUCGGCAGAGUCAUCACAAUAUGUUUACAAGCCUGUUAGUAACGGGUACAGGGGUAAUUAUCCAUCCACACAUUCGCCGGACGUCGCACCCCCGGACAAUGCAUAUUCCCAGCACUCAAGGGCGUAUGAACAUGAAACUGGAGAACUAAGUCCUAUGUCCUCCCAGGUUCCGGCAUAUAGAAAUGCCUCGCAGGAUCUUUCUGUCCAAGGUGUGUUCGAGGUACCCUGCACGAAUGCGGCUGGCACUGGUAACAAUGCCACAGAACUCUCGUCUGAGCAUCGCCGAUCAGAGUAG